AUGGCUGGAAAGGGACAGGGCCCUGGCAGCAACCCUGCAGCGUUCCAGAUCAUCAAAGUGACUGUGAAGACCCUCAAGGAAAGGGAGGAGUUUGCAGUGUGGGAGAACAGCACCAUCGCCGACUUUCGGGGCGAAAUCGCCAAGCGCUUCCAUGCUCCCACCAACCUGCUCCUCUUGAUCUUUGCUGGGAAAAUUGUGAAUGACCAAGAUACUCUCAGCCAGGCUGGGAUCCAUGACGGAUUCACCAUCCACCUCGUCAUCAGGCCGCAAACGAGAGCAGACAACCAGCCAGCCACCCUUCCAGCACCAGCCAACAGCGCGUCCCUGGGCAGAGGCCCCCCUGGCUCAGCUGGUCUGGCAGAUCGGAGCAUACUCUGUGGGAAUGCACCCAGCCUUUUAGGUUUCCUAAAUGAGCUCCAGCAGCUUCUGGUGGUCAACCCCGAAAUGAUCCUACAGAUUCUGGAAAAUCCCUUGGUCCAGAGGGUGCUGUCAAACACCGACCUGAUAACACAGUUCUUAAGGGAACACCCCCUGUUCCAUCAGUUUGUGCAGCAAAAUCCAGGGGUUAGCCACAUCUGGAACAACCCAGCCCUCAUGCGAGAAACGAUCGAGUUCGUUAGGAAUGCAGCGAUGAUGCGGGAAAUAUUGAGAAACAGGAGCCAGACUCUGCUGCUGGGUGGAGACAAAGUCUUGUGGCAAAUGCUCGCUGAUACUCCAGAACCAACGCUGAAUGGACCACAGGCGCAGUGUGCAAAUAACCCGUCCCAGAAAAAGCCAUCCCCAGCGGGGGUCAGCCAACCAUCCCAGACAGAAAACAGAGACCCUUUGCCGAAUCCUUGGGCCUCUCAGUUUGGUCCCCAGAGUUCCACCCCUCAUCACAACAGUGGCACUGACGUUGGGAGUAUUCAUGUCAGCAACAGCCCAAACUGCAGCACGGGGCAGAGCCCCUGGGUGCCGCCUGGAGGACCUGGAGUCGCAGCUGGGAUGUGUAACCCGCCGGAAGUGCAGAACGCCUUGCAAGCGAUAACCAGGAAUGCCCUGCCUUUCCAGAGCAUGCUGUCUGUCCCCUACAUGAGGAAUAUAAUGCAGGCCUUGAGCCAGAACCCCAGUCUCAUUGUGCACUUCAUGCUGAGUAACCCCCGGUUCGUUGGAAUCAUGCAUCCCCAACAAGAAGUAACGCGGGAGCUCCAAGCUCUCCUCCAGCUGCUGCACAGCCCAGACAUGCUGUUAGUGAUGGCAAACCCGAGAGCCACCAAGGCUCUGUCCCAGAUUCAGCAGGGUUUCCAUGCCCUGGGGAUGGAAGUGCUAAGGUUCGCCCAAGGCAGAGCUCCUGGCUCAGGGGCAGUGGGAAGCCCUGCCGAUGGCGGGGAAGUAACUGGGACUGGCUCUGAGCCAUGUGAGAACGCAAGCCCAGCACCAGGCUCAGCCAAGUCGGGGUGCCAGCUCUGUAACAUUGAGCAAAUCACGCAGGGUCUUGGUCAAGCAAGUCCCCCACGUCCCCAGACUCCAGAAACCCAGUUCCAGCAGCAGCUGGAGCAGCUCGACCUAAUGGGUUUCCUAAACCACGAAGCCAACGUACAAGCUCUGAGAGCAGCUGGAGGAGACGUCAACACUGCGAUUGACAAACUACUGGGCUCCCAGCCAUCCUGGCCAUGUUAG